AUGAAAAGAAAUGCCAAUUGGGCUGAAAAUUUUUUUACAGGGAAAGAAAUUAUAACUGAUUUUAGGCUGAAUUAUUAUCAUUUAGAAGAGCCAUUGAGAAAAAAUAAAAAAUUUAAAAGAUCGGCAGCUCUGACUUUUGGAUAUGCAAAAAACGAAGAAAAUAAUGAAAAUUCGAAAAGAAAGCACAGUAAUUUUGACAUAAAAAACAAAAGAUUUAAAUCGACAGAGCUAAAUCAGUUUAAAAUUCGUUUUAAGCUUCCAAAGACGUCACUAGCUUUAUUGACAAGGCCUGGGGAAGAGAUCAUCACUAUAAAAGAAGCUAUAAAGCUAAUGCAAAAUUAA